UGAAACAGACAAGAAACAAUUUUUUAGGAUCGGGACAAUUUUUCCUUACGUGUGGCAACCAGUUCGUGGUUGUUCGAAUCGCCGUGCGUAAAACCCGAAGAAUCAGUCGAAACAGUUGCUGGCCAUCGUUGUGUUUUGUGAAUGUAAGCAGGCUACGGCGUUGUAAAUCCUGACCAAUAUUCCGUACAGUGCACUUGCAGCUAUCGCCAAGGCGCUCGCUUUAUUGUGCAGGUGUUAACAGACACUUUCGGCAAACCAUCGGUAUUUGCUACCUGGAUAUAAGAACUGUUGUUAGCUCUUUGAAUUCAAGAAGGGCAACUCAUCAAGAUGGUCUCAACAAGACAAAUGACUGGUGCUACAUCAGAAGAAUCCAGUCUACAUCUUUGUCGCACAGUACCAUCAUCAUCGACUUCUAACGCAUCCGCAAACGUUGUGGCGAUUGCGUCCUCUGCAAAUACUAAAGCAACAGCAGCUUUUUCACAACAGACUCAUCAGCCAUCGUUUCCAGCUAUAUUCGAGGUCGUAUCACCCUGUUCCAGUAAUAGUUUGACCAAUGUUGGCUCAGGAGUGGUAACCAAUGAUCAGCAAAUUCAACAGCAUCAAGAGAUAAACCUUAUGGACCUACCGACCGAAAUAUUGGGGCACAUAUUUUCAUUCGUCGGCUACAAAAAAAUAGCCCACAUGCGAGUGAUAUCUCGCCAAAUGAAUAAGGUGUGCUGUUCAAUUUUGAAUUCAACAUUUCAAAAGCUGCAAAAUCAAAUGCAUACAAGGUUUCAAACAGUAAAAGCUAAAAUGCCCCGCAGAGAAUCUGCCCGAAGAAAUCAUCCAUUAGCUUGCGAAUGUGAUAUCCUAGAGACAUGCUACAUGCGACUAUCAUUACUACAAAUGACAUUUGGCAAACAUAUCGAAAGGAAGCACUGCUGUUUUUUCCCUGGUGGGAUUCUAGAUGAGGUGUAUUCGGUGUUAAACUACAUUCGUACAUCACCAUCCUUGGAUCGACCCUUCAAAGUAACCGAUGAGCUAUUUGAUCUCUCUACAAUGGCUAUGGAAUAUUUCAAGGAGCACAUAGAGCCAAAUUUACCUGAUAUUGCAUAUUUCACUAAUAGUACAAAAUCAUUUGCGGCCCUGGAAACUUCAUCGUCAAUCCUUUCCCGCGAUACAUCACAUUCUAAUACGUCGUCCCCUCCGCAAAGCAAUAUGGUACUGCGGAAGGGCAUACGUAAGAUCAAGCAAGGCAUGAAACGGUACAAUAACCAGCUGACGGUUUUACGCAGUGAAUUGCGUACUUGCAAACGAAAAGCGACCGAACAGGCCAAAACAAUAACGGAACAACAAAAACUUUUAGCCGAACAGCAAAAACAGACACUAGAAUUUGCUAAUCGGCUUGAUGAAACGGAUAAAAAGAAUGAUGAACUCUCUAGAAAAUUUUCAACUGUUCUACAGGAAUUGAAUAAAUGCAAAACUGAGUUACAAUAUUGGCGUUCAAAAAGCCCAGCAACAACGAAUCCAUACGGGCAAGUCGUGCCUUCGUAUGAGCUACAGACCCUCGGUAGUCAAAGUGUGGUACCAUAUGACAUCGAUUUGUUAUCUAUAGGAAUUGCUCGUAGUGUUGCUACGGGAAAUGCAGAAGAUAAUAGGAAAAAAGACGACCCAGGACAAAAUAAGGAUAAAUUAGAUAAUAGCUCUCAAAUGAUAAGGGCAAAAGGAGGGGAGUCGCCAGUACACGCAGAAUCGACCGAACCACUUCUGGCAAUGUUGGCGAAGUCAGGACUGAAGAGGAAAUUGGAAUGCGUAACAGUGACCACAGAAAAUAAUGAGUGUACUAGUGAUAAUGAUCCCGUGCGAUUGGAUGGAUUGGUAUGUCUUAAUCCUCCAUUUGCUUCAGCAUCACUUGUAGCAUCUUAUUCGUCGUCUACUUCAUCAUCAGCAGUACCCGUUUUGGCAGCACCAUCAGCUUCAGAAGAUGGAAGUAUGUUUAUCACAUCUGCACCACUGUCCCCGAUAGACGACAAAAAUGCGUCUAGUAGUACUGUAAACCCAACGGGUUCCGGUCUAGUGUAUUCCAGUGCGGAGACAUCUGGAGAGAUGAAUGAAACGCAAAGUUUUACCAGCACAACGCAUGAUGAUAAUUCUUAUGAAACAAGCUUGCCCUUUGCCUCAGUAAAACCAGUUUUCAACAACACAAAAGCCAUUCACCAACCCAAUACCAAGCACACUUUGAAUCAGAAUAGUGAUAGCAGUAACAAUAGUAGUAGCUUUAGUAGUAACGUUGAUAGCAAAAAUGAUAGCACUAGUAACGAUAAUAACGCUAAUAUUCAUAUAAAAAAAAUACGAAGAGUACAAAACAAAGCUAGAUCACAAAGUAAUAAUAGACAUAGUAAUCUUAAUGCUACAAUAACCACGCAUACUAAAACCACCAGAAGCAAACAGUUUGACAAACAAACCGGCAAUUAGUAAUGAAGUGGCAGUAGAGUGAAGCAAGGUCAGAUGAGUAAUUUUUAAACUAGCCUCCUGUCGUAAAAAAUGUAGCUGUAGAAUUUCUGAAAAAAAACUCACAUAUUCAUUCUUUUCCAUUUUGUGCAAAUGUGGACAGUUAUAAUCACUCACACUAUACUCAGACAACCAUACGAACUUAAUAGUUUACUUUUAAUUCCUAGUCUGUCAGUUUAUCAGUAUACGUACACAAUCAAAAUAUGUUUGGUAUGGUCCAUUAUUAUCUUGCGCAGGAUUUUCAUUUCCUCCCUUUGCUACUUGACACAUUGAAGGCUUUAAAGAUGAAUAUCAUUUUGCUGGAACGCAGUAAAAGCUUACUGGUACAAUUGGAUUAGGAUUCUCCUUCCCUUUCAAGCUUAUGAAAUAAAAAUUGCCUUUCUUUAAGAUUGUUUUGCGGGAAUUCAAUUAUAAAUAUAUUAAUUGAAAUUAAUUAUGAUCACAAUCAUUUAAUUGUUUAACGUAAUGAUUUAAACUUUAAUAUAAUAGCUAGCGCAUACGUUAAAAAAAACAAACAAACAAAAUAUUUUAUUUGGAAAUGGCGAUAAAUGUAACAACUCGUUUACAAAAAAAAGAUAAUAAUAAUAUAAUUGAAAUUUAUUUACAUCCGUUCAUUUCACUCACUCUUCCGUUGAAUGCGCUGAAGUUCGAUUUAAUUCGCGUUAUUUUCGAUGUUUAAUUCCGAGUUGCACAAAUAUUCAGCAAAAUUAUCUAUUAAACACAAUAUUUUCGCAUUAAUAAUACUUAUACAGUAUAACGUUUUGUUUAUAAUGAAGCAGGGAAUAAAAAAAUCCAAACUAUUUGUUGACAACACAAAUGUUAAACGCAGCUAUCACUCAAUAGCAUUUUGUGAUUUAGCUGAAUUUUAUAACCAUUAGAUUGCGUUUAUACUUUUUAUUGGUUUUAAACAAUCACAAAGCUCUACAAAAAGGCUAGUUAAACUACGCCAAGGCAUGAGGAAAUAUCUUAUACAGUUUCAGUUCUGUAACAGUUCUAUUCCAUUACUCACUGUUUUGCAAAGUGCUCUUGUACACUCAUUUUUAUAAAAUAUUCUUUCGUUUACGCAACUUACCGUAACCGUAACGUAUCGUACUAAUAAUAUUUGGGUUGUUUUUUUUAUAAAUCGUAAAUUAAAGAACUCUUAUUAAUGAUAUAGUUUAACCAACCGUUUCAUUGUAAAUUUGUCGCUUAUGGAGAUUGUAUCUGUAUUUUUUUAAUACUAUCAUCUAGAAUGAUUAAUAAUACAAUAAUAUAAACAAAAUGAGUAAUUUUAUGCUUUUUUAAUAUGAUUAUCAUUCAGAUUUCAAUAGCUAUCUUUGAAUCUUUACAUAAUUAGUUUGAAGUUCAAUCUUAAUAAAUAUAAAUAUCAUGCUUCACUUAAUUUACGAUAAAAGAGAUGUAUGUAAACGGUUGUGCAUAGUUGCGUUGACAUAAGUUAAUGAAUUGAUUUUUAUUGCUAUCAACACGGCAUCUAUAUGUGUAGGAUUGUGGUGGAAAGUGUUACAAAAACCCACCGAAAAUUAAAUAUUUUAAAUUUUGUACCGGUUUCUGUACUAUGAACUCUGCGCACGAAAUUAAUUUUGUUUACCAUAAAGCUUAAUUCUAUAACUAUCAUUUCUGGAAAAAUGGUCAGUGCUACAAGUGUACAAGUACAAAUUUAAUUUGUAUUAACAUUCGAGUUAAUAGAAUGAGACACAAGAAUUUUGAAAAAUUUAGAAGAAAUCAUAAUUGGACAUUUUGUUUCAUUUGAAUAGUUGUUCCAUUGCUUUAUUAAAUAACAACAUAAUAUUCACUCAUUAAUGUAAUAACCCCACAGCCGCAUUGGUAAAGGAAAGUAGAACUACAACUAAUUGUAAUAGUAAAUAAAUGUGAGAGAUGUAAUAGAAGCGGAGAAAUGGCCAGAUUUUAAACAAUCUGCAUCAUACUUUCAUGUGUAAACAAACACAAAUAAACGAUACAAAUCGAUACAAUAAAAUCGUGUGUAGGGAAAACCAAAUCAUGUAACAUGUAUAAUCGAGCAAACAGCAAACAUUGCUGGUCAAUUUCUAUUGUUUUUGUAAUAGAUGCUAGUUUUGUAAGCAAACAUGAUCAUUUUUAUGAUUGAAAACAAAAAAAAAUUCGAAUGGUUGGCUCCCACAACAUGUGUAAAUCGAAGAUGGCAAGCAAAAAAAAGGAUAAAUAUUGGGGAUAAACGGGCAAAUGUACUAAAGGGAAAACUGAUUUUCGGGAAACAUACCAGAGGUACUGGCUACAAAUGUUAUAUUUUACCAAACAGUUGUUCAACAGGAGCAUUUAUGUAAACUUUUAACUAUUGCCGAUCUACUCUAUGUAUGCCCACUACCAAUAUUGUAACAGACAAAAAAAAACGAUGUAAUGUUUUCGAAAGUUACACUGAUGCAGAUUGAAACAGUUCGUCCGAUCAGAUUACAAUUGCUAUGAAAACAGGAAAAACAAAGAACGAUGAUCAAUCUUGUGAUGUGAUCAAUCUUGCAGAUAUGAAGUAAAAUUGUUACUUUCAAGCAAACAACAGCGGACACAAAUUCGGCGUUGUAAAGAGUAUCCUGCCAAAAGAUGUCCUAUCUUAACUUAAUGCGUAGAGAAAAGUAAUGUGCAUGCUGUGUGUAAACUUCAUUUGUGAAGUUAAUAAACGAAAUCCAAUACACUACUAUUAAAGAAAUAUGUAAUACGGAAACAAGUAGAACAACGCUAAACUCUAUGACAUUAGCGUGCUUUAAACAAUGUUGUAGUUUUUAUAUCCGUUCUCUGUUCGAUGAAUUGUUGUAGGUCUUUUUUCUUGCUUUGUUAUACAAGUUCCUUGCAAACGAGUAAAGAUCCCACACGAUCAUACUGCGCUCGGUUUAUCCAUGUCUAAAUCACAUGCAAAACUAAACAUUCUCAGCAAAAUGAAUAGAAUUAAAGAAUCGUGCGAACAUCUGCACUAGUGACAGUAAAGGUAAAAGCUAGGUGACGAAAAACGAAUACCCAUAAAAGAACACCGUUCUAUGAUCGAAAAUAAAUUUCUUCUACAAAAAAACAAACGAAUACUUCUCACAGUUUUUUGUUUCUUUAACGUUUACGCAAAUGUUUACGAUUUGAAUUUGUUAACCGAUUGUGUUGAAUGUUUAAACAUACUCCAAAUGUUAUGUUACAAACCCAUAAUAAGACAAGAACUUUUAUUGUUUCUUGUUGCACAUCUUUGUAAUGAGUCUUAUCGAACUUGCGCAAGUAACAAGACAUGAAUAUAAGAAAAAUAACAGCACGGAAAGUAGGAUUGAUAAGAGGAUAAAAUAAAAGUAAUAUAUUUGAAAAUCGUA